UCUGUUUACUUCCGGUUUUGCUAUGAAAGGGGGAUAUGUUUGUUUGACUGUAUUAUUUCUUUUGUUCAAUAGUUCCUCAACUGAACUAUAUUCCACCACAGUAUCAUGGACGGUGCUGGUUCAGAUGAGCGAUUACAGAGGUUACCAGUCCGCUGGUCUGACGUCGGUAAACAUUCCCCCUAAUGCAGCCAGUGCAUUAAUUGACAUCCGGAGUUCUGCCUCAGAUCUCAGCUGUCCUCAUAAAACCGUUAAUGUAUAUGUACGUCCGGGAGGAUACCCUAUUGGGACCCCUUAUAACGAGUCCUUCCCUGAUAAGUUCCACCUGAGGACGACACUACAACACCAUGUCAUCUCCAUCACUAACAACCAAUCAUCUGUCUUAGUUUUACCAGCGCCGCAGUCAGGCACCUGGUACAUCUCAGCGUUUUUACCAAAGAAAUCCGAUGAAAAGAUCACUCAAAAGGGAGUUAAUGAGAAGAAAUGUGUGUAUGGGUACGGAGUGCGAGUUAUCACGGCCGUCCAGGAAGAUAUCAAGAUCGUGGAUAUCAAAGACAGGAUAGAUAUCAGUAUCAUGGGGUCAGAAGGGCCAAACAAAACUGUCAGGUUCUGGUUGUCAGACAAUAUGUACGCCUACUUUGUGGAGCUCAGUGAUUGUACUGAGGAGAAAGGAAACUCGACAAGUGAUGCUUGUUCUGUACUGGUGGACACCUCAACUGGUAGCCUGCCCUCCACAGACAAUGCUGUAAACUGUCAGAAUGAGACUCAGUGUAAAAUUGACAUCCAGUCCCCAGUAAUCACAGACUGGAAUUAUGUCAGAUUUAGAUAUAAGGGCAGUGGCACUCUCAACUUCACGCUCAGCUUCAGUCCUAAAUAUUGUCUUGUCAAUGAUAUCUACCAAAUAAUUACUCCUGCUGAUGAGAACAGUUUGGAGGACCCAACCAUUAGAAUACAGGACCUAGCCAAUCACUCUAAUGUAGACAACAGUACUAUAAAUAGUAACAUGACCUUGGCCCCAAAAGCUGUGAACUUGAGUCUAGCUGAGGAUAACGUGUGUAUAAUGAUCUCAAGCCUUGGGCGAUUCCAGAUAUCAAAGGAUCUCUUCAAAGCGUCUUUCUACUUCCCUAAUGUUUUCCUGAAUCCUAUUCCGAGUAAUGAGAUAAUGGUGUCAGAUGAGGCAGUGUUAAUCUCGGAUCUCAAACUGGAAGCUGACAAGGAUCUGGGGGGAACAUUCAAAAUCCAGGCCAAAAACACUCCCUUUAAAAUAAGCCCCAAACAGGAGGCCGUUGUGUGGAUCUGUCUGGUCAGGGGUUAUCUCCCUCACCAAGACACCAUUAGGCGGUGCCCUCUUGGUGUGUCACUGACCGUCCACUCUAAUUCUACCACCCCCAUCACUCAGUACAUCCCCUACCCAGAGGCAGGAACGUGGUACCUCGCUCUCCAUAGCCAGUGUACCAACAAAACAUCAAACCAGACAGAGCCAUGUCACAUUUUACCUGGGAUUAGUGUGAGCCUGAGUAUCAUGGGGUGUGUAGAUGGUCAGUGUGGGACGUUUGGAUCAUGUCAGGAGUACAUCAGUGGUGCUCACAUCUUCAGUACCUGUCAGUGUUAUUCAGGUUGGGCUGGGUACGGGUGUACUGAUGGACGUGAUGCAGUCAGUAAUGAUAUCAUUCUGUUGGGGACCCUCCUCCUGUCCCUCAGUAACCUGUUCUUUAUCCCCAGUAUCGGCCUGGCUCUCUAUCGCCGAUACUUCCUGGAGGCUCUGGUCUACUUCUUCACCAUGUUCUUCUCUACAUUUUACCACGCCUGUGACUCCAGUAAAGCCCUCUACCAAUAUUGUAUGAUGAAGUACGAUGUUCUGAGUUUCUGUGACUUCUUUGGAUCCUACACAUCCUUCUGGGUGACCACGCUAGCCAUGGCCCGCCUGCCAGAGAAGGCGAAGAGUUUUCUAGUCAUGUUGGGGGUGCUGGGGCUGGCGGUGGGGAUGCAGUACGAUAAACACUCCCUCUAUGUGUUCCUCAUUCCCAUCUGCUUCGGCAUUAUCAUUAUGCUGACUUCAUGGAUUUUACGCUGUGUCCGGAGACGUCAGCUGUACCCCUCUAAGCGGCGCUACCUGUUGUUCCUGUUACCGGGGGUGUUAUGUGCCGGGACGGGGGUGGUCAUCUUUACAUUCCUAGAGACAGAGGAGAACUACAAGUAUAUACACAGCGUGUGGCACGCCCUGGUGGCCCUCUCCAUCAUGUUCCUGCUGCCCCCCAGACAGACACACAAAACAGAAGGUUUGGAUACAUACACUAUUCACUAACACAGUGAGGAAAUUCCCCUGGAAAGACUGGCUGUAGUGUUCUGUAUAUCAAGUCUAAUUAACCUCUGCCUGUAGAGCCUUAACACUAACCUGGUCUAUGGACUGUGUGUGUGUAUGAUUAACCCUGCCUGUUGAUUCUGUUUGGAAGCAUGGAAAGUUGGAUGUGUACAAGUCUUUCAGGAUUUUUAAAAAUGUUUUAUCAAUUACUAACAAGAUCCACUUAUUUAUUAUGUAUUGUGGCAUGAGUUUUGUGGUAUGUUUGUCAUUUUAACAGCUUUAAUUUGUUUACAUUUUAAUUUCAUUUUAAUAAAUUUAAUUUGUUAGUUGUUUUACCAUGUAUUUCCUUUUUCAAAGAGAUAAUUUAUAUACUGAUAAGAAUAUACAGAUUAGUUUUGAUUUGUAUGAUUAUGUAUGUAUACAUUAUACAAAUGAGUCUUGCCAUCAAGGCAAAUUCAGUAAAGCAUGAAAUCCAAGAUAUCUUCUCAUCAAAUA